GCGCCCGGGAAGAGGUGGUUGUGAGGAAAGCGAUCUCGCGGUUCUCCGGCUUCCGAGGCUUCUGGUUUGUCGCGGGGAGGAGGCAGCGAGCGAGAAGAAUCCGCUGCAGCCGAUCCUCGGCUACUCUCCUGCUCACCUCCGCGCGACGUACCCGCCGCCGCUGUUGGUUGGAGCAUUUGACAUUGUGCAGCAAAGAAAUGGUUAUGGAGAAGCCCAGUCCGCUGCUUGUAGGGCGGGAGUUUGUGAGGCAAUAUUAUACUUUGCUGAAUAAAGCUCCAGAAUAUUUACACAGGUUUUAUGGUCGGAAUUCUUCCUAUGUUCAUGGUGGAGUAGAUGCUAGUGGAAAGCCCCAGGAAGCUGUUUAUGGCCAAAAUGAUAUACACCACAAAGUGUUAUCUCUGAACUUCAGUGAAUGUCAUACUAAGAUUCGUCAUGUGGAUGCUCAUGCAACCUUGAGUGAUGGAGUAGUUGUUCAGGUCAUGGGUUUGCUGUCUAACAGUGGACAGCCAGAAAGGAAGUUUAUGCAGACCUUUGUUCUGGCUCCUGAAGGAUCUGUUCCAAAUAAAUUUUAUGUUCAUAAUGAUAUGUUUCGCUAUGAAGAUGAAGUAUUUGGUGAUUCUGAACCAGAACUUGACGAAGAGUCAGAAGAUGAAGUAGAAGAGGAACAAGAAGAAAGACAACCAUCUCCUGAACCUGUGCAAGAAAAUGCUAACAGUGGUUACUAUGAAGCUCACCCUGUGACUAAUGGCAUAGAGGAACCUUUGGAAGAAUCCUCUCAUGACCCUGAACCCGAGCCAGAAUCUGAAACAAAGACUGAAGAGCUGAAACCACAGGUGGAAGAAAAGAAUUUAGAAGAAUUAGAGGAGAAGUCUACUACUCCUCCUCCUGCAGAACCAGUUUCUCUGCCACAAGAACCACCAAAGGCUUUCUCCUGGGCUUCAGUGACCAGUAAAAACCUGCCUCCUAGUGGUACUGUUUCUUCCUCUGGAAUUCCACCCCAUGUUAAAGCACCAGUCUCACAGCCAAGAGUUGAAGCUAAACCAGAAGUUCAAUCUCAACCACCACGUGUGCGUGAACAACGACCUAGGGAACGACCUGGUUUUCCUCCCAGAGGACCAAGACCUGGCAGAGGAGAUAUGGAGCAGAAUGACUCUGACAACCGUAGAAUAAUUCGCUAUCCAGAUAGUCAUCAACUUUUUGUUGGUAACUUGCCACAUGAUAUUGAUGAAAAUGAACUAAAAGAGUUCUUUAUGAGUUUUGGAAACGUUGUGGAACUUCGCAUCAAUACCAAGGGUGUUGGGGGAAAGCUUCCAAAUUUUGGUUUUGUGGUUUUUGAUGACUCUGAACCAGUUCAGAGAAUCUUAAUUGCAAAACCGAUUAUGUUUCGAGGGGAGGUCCGUUUAAAUGUGGAAGAGAAGAAAACGAGAGCUGCAAGAGAGCGAGAAACCAGAGGUGGUGGUGACGAUCGCAGAGAUAUUAGGCGCAACGACCGAGGUCCUGGUGGUCCACGUGGAAUUGUGGGUGGUGGAAUGAUGCGGGACCGCGAUGGAAGAGGACCUCCUCCAAGAGGCGGCAUGGCGCAGAAACUUGGCUCUGGGAGAGGAACCGGGCAGAUGGAAGGCCGUUUCACAGGACAGCGUCGCUGAAGCUCCACUGUUGGCAAAGUCUUGGCAGUGGUACAUUAUUCAUCGUGUUUGCAUUCUUGUUAAUUUUUUUGGCUUUGGAAUGUGACACAGCCUUUUUGAUCAUUUCUUUGAUGUGAAAAGCAUCUUUGGUUCAGUUAAAUUGAGGUGGACAUUAUUUCCCCAAUUUCACAACAGGAUUUACAUUGUUAAUUUAUAAAUCUAGACUUGGAGAAUUAAGGACUGAGAAAUGACCAUAUCUUAAAACUAUCUACAACAAAAUGAACUUAAAAGGACAUGCCCACUGAAUUCAGGUCCUUUGAGUCAAAAAAAAAAAAAUCUUCUGCUGCACAUUUUGUUUAAGUGUUACUGUUUCUGCCUAUUAAUGUUGGAAACACAAAUAGUGCAAUUUGUGCAAUUGGAGAAUCUUGCCUUUUUUCUUGGCUCCCCCCAAAAAUACAAACCAACAGAAACUUAUUAUGCACUCAUCAAAAUGCACUAUUGGGUACUCUGAACUCAUUAAUAUUGACAUCUGCAACAGGAGGCAACAGGGAAAAAAAAUCUUUCAUCUUUUUUCCAGUAGAGAAUAGUUUGUGAAUGAGGGCAUUUUAUCUGCUUGCUGUGACCAGCGUGUGUACUCUUAAACCUUAACAAGACUACAGAAAUAUUCCAGAAGGAAAUCAUUUAGUUGUGAACUAAAUAACAAAUCAGAACUUCAAAUGUUAUGGUCUUGAAUAUUAGACCAGAUUUAGUAGCUCCAUAAGAGUUUUCUACCUGCCCCUCUUCAGUACAGGGAUGGCUGGCUGCUCAACACAACACUCCUCCUCCCUUUUCCUUUCUUUAAGCUGUGUACAGUGGAAAUUGUCUUUCCUGUAUUUUUGUUCUCUGGUAAUGUAAUAAGCAUGAUGGUGCCUUCUAUUAAUACAUCAUUCCAGUCUUGCUGGUAAUUUUGUACAGUAUAGUUUAUGAAUUGCUGUGCUGCAAAGCCAAACAGCUGCAAAAUGUUGAAAAAUCAUUGAAGUGUAUAAAAAUUGCAGUAUCUUUAAAAUCAGUAAAAUGGACGCUUAUUAUUUAUCUUGUUUUUCAGUUAACAACUUUUGUGUUCUUUGUGGGAGGGAGUCUUGUGUGUUUGGAAUGGAGAGGGAAGAAAGAAGUCAGUUAUUUGAGUGUCUCUAGUUGACUUUUAGCGUAAGUGUGAACAUUGAAACAUCAUUUCAACUCUUGGGAAAGUCAGUCAACUUGAUGUACAUUUUUAGUGACAUUUUAAAAGCAGUCAGAUUCCAUAUGUGGCAAUUAAACCUAAAGUGAGGAUACUGCAAUUUUAAGAGGAAAGAACAGCAGCUCUUAAGUGUUUGCAUUUUCUAUUUGGGGGGCAGGGAACUGUCAUUCAUUUUGCACAAUUCUUGAACUGAUGUCAGCCCCCUAGUGGCUCCUGAAUUUAAGUCUGGGAUGACAUCUUUUUAUUUUUACAUGAAUCUCUAAACAAUUCUGUAGGCAAAAUUUGUAGCUGCUGGAUUAUUGUCUGUCUUUAUAGCAAGUUCCAGUAUACCACAAGUAUGGCCAAGGUUAUCUAAUUUUUAUGCUUGGAGCAAUCAGUACAUACCAGUUUCUGAUGUUUCAGGCAAAAAGUGGGAUAAAUAAGUGUGUAACCACUUAAAGCUGCUUGUUGGCAUGGAAGACUUCUCCAUUCUAUCUUAGUAAAAACAAAAUCUGCACUUGACAUAGUAGCAAAUUGGUUCUGAAUUAUGCAACUGUUUGCUAUUUAGUAAACUAGCAAAUGAUGCACGUAUUUUGUUUUUUAUGAACUGGGCAAUAUGAAUACAAUUAAAUCUUGUCUUUCUCUCCCCCCCCUCCCUUAAAUGAGGUCUUCCAUGUUUGAGGAAAAGUCUUGCACUAUUGCAUAUAUUUGGGGGACAUAGAUUUUCAUUUUUGUGGGCUUAAGGAUUUUUGUUUGUUUGUUUUGUUUGUUUGAAACAGUUUUACACUUUCUAAUGUAUAGUACUUGAAGUUCUUACCAGAAAAUUACUUUGAAGUUUUGAAGCCUUUAUCCAAACUACUUUUAAAUAAGUGGUUCUGUUGUCAGUGUUUUUUUUCCCCCCCAAGCAUGUUUUUCCUCUUCUUUCUCCUUCCCAUCAUAUAUAUAUGUAUGUAUAUGUAUAUAUAUGUAUAUAUACACACACACACACACACACACACACACACACACACACACACACACACACAUAUAUAUAUACACACAUACACACAUAUAUAUAGACAUAUAUAUAUAUAUAUUUCCAAUCCAGGAUAUUGCCCUGUAACCCAUAAAAACUGUUCCGGCACCAAAAGAAAUGACAAAUGUUAAGUGUAAUAGAAAAGUAGAGCAAAGAGCCAUUCAGCUUCAGUUUUUACAUACUAGAAAUGAAACAUUAAAACAUCAUAUGGAGAAGUUUACAUGGUGAUUGUUCACCUGCUGUACUGUGGACUUUUAACAUUUUGUCCCCUUUUCGGUGAAGCAGUAAAAAUAUUCAUCUAUCAUUACUGUUAUUUUCUGAUUUUAUUUUAUUUUUUGAUGGUAAUAUUCUAUUCUUAUGACACUAUUGCAACCAAAUUGGCUUUACCAUCUUGGCUUUAGUAGGUAUAGAAGACAAUGGAUUACCAUCUUUAUUGCUGUAAUGUGUUAAGCAUUAUAUGCUAGUAGAACCUAGUUUAAUUGUUUCGGGUGGAAAGUAUUCUUUUUGAGUUUCCAUUUUGAAUGUGUUUGGACUAAACCAACAAUAAACUACUGAUGUCUGCAGCACUUA